AAAAAAAAAUCACAGCCCUCCGUUUCUUUCGUUCGCAGACCUAUAGUAAAGUUUUCUUUUCUCCCGCCCCCAACCCAAAAAUUCACACUGCUCACUCUCUCUCUCCCUCUCUCCGACAGCGGGAGUAAGCUGAGGAAAUGGCUGGUGGCGAUGCAAAAAAGUCUAAUGCAAGUGGUGGGGGGAAAAAGAAGGAGGUGAAGAAGGAGACUGGUUUGGGACUAGCGAAUCGCAAGGAUGAGAAUUUUGGGGAGUGGUAUUCUGAGGUAGUUGUGAAUGGAGAAAUGAUUGAAUAUUAUGACAUCUCUGGCUGUUAUAUUCUGAGGCCAUGGGCAAUGGCUAUCUGGGAGAUAAUGCAAAAAUUUUUUGAUGCUGAAAUAAAGAAAAUGGACAUCCAGAACUGCUACUUCCCACUUUUUGUUUCUCCUGGCGUAUUACAGAAGGAGAAGGAUCAUGUUGAGGGUUUUGCUCCUGAGGUCGCAUGGGUAACAAAAUCUGGGGAAUCUGAGUUGGAAGUGCCCAUAGCAAUUCGCCCAACAAGUGAAACUGUCAUGUAUCCUUACUAUUCUAAAUGGAUUAGGGGACACCGUGACUUGCCUUUGAAACUUAAUCAAUGGUGCAAUGUUGUUCGAUGGGAAUUCAGUCAUCCUACGCCAUUUAUCAGGAGUCGUGAGUUUCUCUGGCAGGAAGGGCACACUGCUUUUGCAACAAAAGCAGAGGCAGAUGCAGAGGUGCUAGAUAUUUUGGAACUGUAUAGACGCAUAUAUGAAGAGUACUUGGCUAUUCCUGUCGUAAAGGGAAAGAAGAGUGAGAUGGAGAAGUUUGCUGGUGGACUUUACACAACUAGUGUUGAGGCAUUUGUUCCAAAUACUGGUCGUGGCAUACAAGGUGCAACUUCGCAUUGUCUGGGUCAAAAUUUUGCUAAAAUGUUUGAGAUAAACUUUGAAAAUGAGAAGGGAGAGAAGGGUAUGGUCUGGCAGAACUCAUGGGCCUAUAGCACUCGGACGAUUGGUGUUAUGGUGAUGGUUCAUGGGGAUGACAGAGGCUUAGUGCUGCCACCAAAAGUAGCAUCUGUCCAGGUUAUUGUAAUUCCUGUGCCUUAUAAAGAUGCUGAUACUCAGGCAAUCUUUGAUGCCUGUUCUACCACUGUGGCCUCCUUGUCUGAGGCAGGUAUUCGUGCUAAGGCAGACUCUAGAGAUAAUUACUCUCCUGGUUGGAAGUACUCACAUUGGGAAAUGAAAGGCGUUCCUCUAAGAAUUGAAAUUGGUCCAAAAGACUUGGCAAAUAGUCAGGUACGUGCUGUUCGCCGUGAUAAUUCAGCAAAAACAGACAUCCCUAGGGACAAGCUGGUUGAGCAAGUAAAAGAAAUGCUGGACAAUAUCCAACAAAGCCUGUUUGAUGCUGCCAAACAAAAACGAGAUGCUUGCAUUCAGACUGUAAAAACUUGGGAUGAAUUUGUGGAAGCACUCGGCCAAAGGAAAAUGAUCUUAGCACCUUGGUGUGAUGAGGAGGAGGUGGAGAUAGAAGUAAAAGCAAGGACAAAGGGUGAGAUGGGAGCAUGUAAGAGCCUUUGUUCCCCAUUUGACCAGCCAGAGCUCUUAGAAGGUACUAAAUGCUUUGCAUCGGGAAAGCCUGCAAAAAGAUGGACGUACUGGGGAAGGAGUUACUAGAUUAUUGAUUUUUUACAUGAGUUCUUCUCCUGGUGUUCCUCAAUCCGUUCAAGAUGUUAUGGAAUCUGCGAUUCUCAAGAAUUAGGAGUAAUAGUAUUUUCUACAAACAAAUACAAGGACACCAUUUUAAAAGGAAUUAAAAAUUAAUAGUCCAUAUGUGUGGAUCUUACAUGAAAAAGUGAAAUCAUUUGCUUUGCUACAAGCAAAAGGCUACUAAGUUUUUACAUUGUUGAUUUUUUAAUGUCUUAGAUAUGUGGCUCGUUGCUUUAGAUUGAAUUCUCUCUUUUGAGUUUCAA